AUGGCCCGAAUCUUGAAGGCGCAGAAGCCGCGCGCACGAAACUUGGGACUGCCCUACCACGAUGUCGCCAAAACAACGGCUACCACUUUGACAGUGAAAAUCAAACCUGUGAAGAAAAUUACACAAUACAAGAGAUUUGCUACGAGCUCUCCCUUCCCCGACUACAAACGUCCAUCUCCGCAAGAGUGUAAGGAGGCACAUCGCAUCCUAGUGGCAUCUCACGGAGAACGGGACCCCACCGCCACGAAUGCGAUGAAUGCAGAUGGAUUUGAUCGUCCUACCGUCUUCACAGAUCCACUGGAUGGGCUUGUAUACGGCUUAUUAUGCCAAGCCACCAACGAGCGCAACGCAAUUCGACAGGUUCAGGCCAUGGUCAAGGAAUACGGGUCAUGGACCGAUUACAACGUCAUCAGCGACGGCGGUGAGGCCACCCUUCGAGAUGUGCUCUCCUGUGGAGGUCUUCAUGUCAGGAAAGCUAAGUUCAUCAUGUCUAUCCUGCACCAAGUGAAAAGCAGACAUGGAGUCUACAGCUUGAAUCAUCUCUGGCCGCUUAACGAUGAAGAGGUGAUGGAAGAGUUUCUCAGCUACAACGGGGUCGGCCCUAAGACGGCAAGUUGUCUGAUUGCUUUGACAUUGAAAAGGCAGAGAUUCGUUGUGGACACACAUAUCUAUCGCAUCACUGGCUUCCUGGGAUGGAGGCCCAUGCAUGCAACACCAGAGGAGGCUCGUGCACAUCUCGAAAGGAGGAUACCCGAUGAUUUCAAGUAUUCACUUCAUCUACUGUUCAUCACACAUGGACGGGAGUGUCCUGAAUGCAAGACUGGGUCCAAGAUCACGGGGAGCUGUAAUCUUCGGAAGGCGUUUCAUGACCUGGUGCCAGAUCUAGCAACCUAG